GUUUGUUUACGUUUAAUGUGUUAUGGUUUGUAUCUGUUUUUCUUUGUUAUUUUUAGUUCUAAGGAGCAACACAAGUGCAUAGUAAUUUAUCGCUUCCAUGGCAACCUGUCGCCAACGAAAGCGGUAAACAGAAAAAUUUUCAUUUCCCGUAGUGCGAAAGGGUUCAAUAAGUUCUUCAAAUUGUCGGAAUGGCACUUUUGUAGGUGCUAAAAAGGGUUUCGGGCAAAUCAUUUUACCAGCGAAGAGCAAUGAGUGGCGAUAAGGUUCUCUAUCGAAAUGAGGAACCUCAUGGCCAGGGGGAUAUCUACUUCUUAUGGCAGACUGGAGGCUCAGCACAGCUUAUGGCCACUACUGGGAGUGACGGGACGGUGGCCAUUUUCAAUAGGCAAGGACUAUUGAUGGAACGGAUUGUGCUACAAGGACUAUGUGGCGGUUUCGCUUGGGACAAGGAUGGUGAUGUGUUGGCAAUAAUCAUGCAAAGUUCACCUCAGCUGAUCCUGUGGGAUUCAAACUCACAGAAGAGACAAAUCGUAGACAUUGGUGUGCGUGAUCCUCCGAGCUGUAUCGUAUGGUCCAAGCGAGGCCUACUCCUGGCGAUAGCCACCUCGAGGGGUAACUUGUCGAUCUACAACCAUGCGACAACGAAACGGGUACCGAUAUUGGGGAAGCACACGAAAAGAAUCACUUGUGGUGCCUGGUCUAGGGAAAAUAUUCUUGCGCUUGGCAGCGAGGACAAGUUUCUAUCGUUGAGCAACGAGGAGGGCGACACGCUGCGAUCGGUUCAACUGCGGGAUAGCCCCAGUGACAUGCAUUUCGCAGAGAUGAAGACCGAUGAGCGAGUCCCUGGCGAGAAUACGAUAAGCAUGAUUCUUGGCAAACGGACACUGUUUCUGUACCAUCUUCCGGAGCCGGACUCACCGACGGAAUUGGGCUUUCAGCAGCGUUAUGGGUCUUUGGUGCAGCACAAGUGGUUCGGAGAUGGAUACGUUUUGCUUGGGUUCAGCUUAGGGUAUGUCGUUGCGAUCUCUACCCACCCAAGAGAGGUUGGCCAGGAGAUGUGGCAGGUUAAAAAUCAUAGGGACUCACUGAACAGUAUCGCUGUUUGCAAAGAGCUAGAACUCGUGGCUUCCUGUGGGGACAACAAUGUCAAAAUUCACUCAAUGUCUAAUCUACAAGAAACGGUGAAGAUUCUGACGCUACACGAUCAAUCCGCCGUGAAGAACGUGCAGUGGAGUUCGGAUGGGCAGUUGUUGGGUGUAACAACUCCACAGGGCGCGAUGUGUGUAUUUGUCACAAAACUCCAUUCCUUAUAUGCAAUAUCCCCACCCCGGAUUGCGCUACUCACAAGUUUGGCGGAAGUGGCAAUCCAUCAUUACGUACCCGAUAAAGAGAGGUCGAGCCCGAUGACGAUUGCCCUCGAAAUAGAGCCAUCAUUUCUUGCGGUAGGGCCGUUCCACUUGGCAUGCGGAAUGAACAACCACGUUUGGUUCUAUGACCUCGGUCGGGCACUAAACGAUAGUCCAAUGUUAUUGGGUGAUCGUGAGUACAUGUCGGAAAUCAAAGAAGUUGCCCUGAGUACCGAAUAUUGUGCGGUUCUUUGUGGUGGCGAGAUUAUGCUGCAUCCGAUUGAAUCCACGAGUGAAGCAACUAUGAACCGGGAACCAAAGAUUUUUCCAGACGAAAUCCGCGGUGUGGCUGAGUCAAUUGUCACGUGUUUAGUACUUACCAAUGAUUUUUUGUGUUUCGCUACAGAUCUCGGUAAUAUAAUCCAUUUUUCGUUGGAACGAUGGGCUACCGUGAUCCAGUAUCGACAUCAAAUGGGUAUAAAAGCGAUAUACACUGACUUGGAUGGAACGCGGCUUGUAUUCAUCGAUGAUCAUAGUUGUGGAUAUGUGUACAUUUCUGCCACAGAGGAAGCAGUUCGCAUCCCAGAAUUUCCCAAGCACACGAUUGGCGUGUUGUGGGAUUAUUCAAAUCCUACUGUGUUUAUUGCCUUUGAUCGAAGUUCAUGUGUGACGUACGCUUUUGUGCGUGCAUCAGUCCAAGGAAGAAAGGUUGAUAAGGUUGGGUUGACUAGUUUGAUCAGUGACCAGAUUCCGCUUAUGCUUCACGACGGGGAAUUGUGUUUGCAUGGUAGUGGAGGGAAAUUGACCACCAUUGUUUUGAAUACACAUGCAAAUAAACCCGGGCGAAACGCCAAGGAACAGCUGCAAACGGCAGUUAGAAUGCGCAAAUACAAUGAAGCCUGGGAGCUGUGUAAUCAGAUCAAUGACAUGGAUGAAUGGAAGCGAGUUGGGCAGUCCGCUGUAGCGGAUCUCAAUAUAACGUUUGCUAUAAAGAUUUUCCGUUACAUUGGGGACGUGGCGAUGGUUUACGCACUGGAGGAUAUAGUACAAAUAGAGGAUCUCAAUACGCUAGCCGGAUUUUGUGCAUUAUUGCUCAACCAAAUUGACGAGGCGAAAACGCUGUUUGCGAAAAGUGGAAACCCUUUAGAAGCUCUCGAUUUGUGUCGGGAUUUGCUGCAGUGGGAACAGGCAAUGGCUUUGGCGGGAUCGUUAGCGCCGUCGCAGAUGCCAUUCUUGGCCCGAGAAUAUGCACAGCAGUUGGAAUUUACGGGCAACUACGCGGAGGCUCUGAUGAAUUAUGAGCGUGGUCUCAAAGGAGAAGCGGUUCCGGCGACAGCAAACGGUUUCAUCGAACAGAACGUGUUGAAUCAACAUGUCGCACUUUGUAAGGCAGGUAUAGCUCGAACAAGCGUUAAAUGUGGUGACUAUCGGAGGGGUAUACAGCUUGCCUUGGAAUUGGACGACAAACAGCUGUUCAAUGAUUGUGGCGAGUCGCUCAUGGUAAAUGGAAACCUCAACGAGGCGGCAAUACUGCUGGAGAAAGGAGAAAAUUGGGACAAAUGCUGUGAGUUGUACAUUCAACUCAAACAGUGGAAAAAAGUUAAUCACAUUCUGCCGAAUGUGACCAGUCUAAAAUUGCAUGCAGCAUACGCUAAAGCAAAGGAAUUGGAAGGACAGUAUGCGGAUGCCAUCAACAGUUACCACCUAGCAGGUGAUUUGGAUAGUGUCGUGAGGAUAUAUUUGGAGUAUCUUUCGGAUCCACACAGCGCUUCAGAAAUCCUGCUAGAUACGAGAUCUGUGGAGGGAUCGAAGAUGUUAUCAAAAUAUUUCGAACAGCACGGGGACUAUGAAUCGGCGAUUCAGUUCCUUGUGCUGUGCGGUUCGAUUAACGAUGCCUUUUCAAUCGCACAAAAACACAACCAAAUGCGUUUCUACGGCGAUGUGUUGGAACAUAGCUCCACAGCAAAACCAAGCGAUUAUCUGAUCGUUGCGACGCAUUUCGAAAACGAAAAAUACACUCUCUUGGCUGGGAAAUAUUACUUUUUAGGAAAAGAGUAUUCGAGAGCAUUGAAGCACCUUCUGAAAGCUUCAACAUUCAGCAACGAAGAAAACACAGCGCUUUCCCUGGCAAUUGAUUGUGUUGCUUCGGCUAAUGAUGAGAAACUGUCCCAUCAACUUAUCGAUUAUUUGCUCGGAGAAACGGACGGUGUUCCAAAAGAUCCAAAGCUUCUAUUCCGUUUGUAUAUGGCUAAGCGGCAGUUUAAGGAGGCGGCAAAGGCAGCAAUGAUUAUCGCUAACCAGGAACAAAUUUCUGGCAAUUAUCGAAGCGCACACGACUUGCUGUUUUCAAUGUAUCAAGAGCUCAAACGAAACAACUUAACCAUCGCGUCUGAUAUGAAGGCUUCCUUAGCCCUACUGCAUCGAUACACGCUGGUGAGGGUUCACGUGAAGCGUGCGAACCAUCUUUUGGCCGCAAAACUUCUUCUGGAAGUGGCCAAAAAUAUAUCCCAAUUCCCUUCACAUGUCGUACCCAUUCUCACGUCCACCGUCAUUGAGUGCCACCGCACCGGUUUGCGGAAAUCGGCCUUUGAAUACGCUGUGAUGCUGAUGCGGUCCGAAUUUCGCAAUCAAAUAGAUGCAAAGUAUGCAAAGAAGAUCGAGUCGAUCGUACGCAAAGCGCCUCGUGGUCAGCUGGAGAAUGAAGAGGCGUAUGACGUUAGUCUCUGUCCUGUGUGUGAUGCAAGCUUACCGAAUAUGGACUUCAUAUGUGGUCAGUGCAAGACAACGCUGCCUAUUUGUAUCGCUACGGGUCAGCACGUCGUCAAGGAGGGUAUGGUAGCUUGCCCGGAAUGCGAAUUUCCAGCUUUGAAGAUGGAAUUUUUGAAGAUAUUGGAAACUACUGAAAAUCAGUGCACAAUGUGUGGAGAAGAAAUCGAUGCUACUCGUCUGGUAGACAUAGACGAUAUACAAACGUACACUGGUACUGGCACUUGAUCUCAUGCGAUCCAACAGAAUAUAGAUUCUAUUGGCAUUCCUUAAACGUACCUUAAAAUCACUCGAAGUGCUUUAACGUGAGUAUCCGGUGUAUUUUCUCUCGUGAAUUAUUAAGAAUGUGUUUAAAAAUAG